CUGGCAAACUAAUGAAAGUAGCUGUAAUGCUACGAUACUAAAAAGCUCUACUUCUUUAUUAGCUUAAACACAGAACGUGAUACGGACGCUUAUGCAGCCGGUUUAAUCAGCCGAACUGCCUCAGGAGCUUCUCUGCCAAAGAGCUUUGAAUGCAUAACUCAAUUCUGUUCACUCUUUCAGUAUUUUUGUCAACCGGAGCCUGGCGCUGGAGAAUGUGAAAUGUUUCGGCUUUGACAUGGAUUACACCUUGGCCCAUUACAAGUCCCCAGAUUACGAGGAGAUGGGCUUCGAGCUGCUGAGGGACAGACUGGUGUCCAUAGGUUACCCACAUGAGCUGCUGCAGUACACAUAUGAUCCCAGUUACCCCACACGAGGCCUAGUGUUUGACACCAUGUACGGCAACUUGCUGAAGGUGGACUCCCAUGGUAACAUCCUGGUGUGUGCCCAUGGCUUCAGCUUCCUCCGAGGGUCAGAGAUGCAGGAGUACUACCCUAGCAGGUUCAUUCGCAAAGACAACACGGAUCGCUACUACAUCCUCAAUACCCUCUUCAACCUCUCAGAAACCUACCUGUACGCUUGUCUUGUUGACUUUUUCACCAGAUCUACCAGAUACACUAAUCUGCAUAAGGGGUUUCAGCACGGCGACCUGUUCAUGUCUUUCCGAAGCAUGUUCCAAGACGUGCGGGAAGCUAUGGACUAUGUCCAUGAAACGGGCAGCCUAAAGGAGAAGACGCUGAAGAACCUGGAGAAGUACGUGGUGAAAGAUCCCCGCCUCCCGCUCCUCCUCAGCCGCAUGAAGGAGGUGGCCAAAGUGUUCUUGGCCACCAACAGUGACUACAACUACACAGAGGCUAUCAUGAGCUACUUGUUCGAUUACCCUCAUGGUCCCAAGCACGACUGGACGACCUUCUUCGACCUGAUUGUCGUGGACACCAAGAAGCCUCUCUUCUUCGCGGAGGGCACCGUGCUCAGGCAGGUGGACACGCAAACAGGAAAGCUACGAAUCGGGACGUACACAGGGGACUUGCAGCCAGGCACGGUCUACGCUGGAGGUUCCUCUGACAUCAUAUGUGAUCUGCUUGGGGUCAAGGGCAAAGACAUCCUGUAUGUGGGGGACCACAUUUUUGGGGACAUCCUGAAAUCAAAGAAGAAGCAGGGCUGGAAGACGUACCUGGUGGUCCCUGAGCUGGCGAGGGAGCUGCAGGUGUGGACAGAGAAAAGCCAAAUGUUUGAGGAACUGAAGACCCUUGACGUGUUCCUGGCUGAGCACUACAAAAACCUGGACAGCGGGAGCACAGAGUGUCCGGAUAUCAGUAUCAUCCAGAUGCGGAUCAAGAACCUGACCCGCCGGAUGGACAUGUGCUACGGCAGGAUGGGCAGCCUACUCCGUUACGGCUCUCGUCAGACGCUCUUCGCCAGCCAGCUGAUGCGCUACGCAGACCUCUACUCCCCCUCCUGCCUCAACCUGCUGUACUACUCCUUCAGAUACCUCUUCAGGGCCCCGCCUCUACUGAUGCCCCACGAGUCCACUGCAGACCACAUCCCCCUCGACCUCCCCGUGUUCAACUCUUCCGUCACCAACCAUGUGCUGACGCUCACAGAUGCGAAGAGGAAAUGUGAGCAAGGGAAGAUGGAAGAAAGAGAGAAUUUCUGACUGGGGAGUCACACCUGGGAAACACCUGAGGGACAGGGAGGCUCUCUGUGUGUCUGCGUAUGUGCGACUUUGUGUGCCGCCCAUGCAUGGAGACAAACUGAGGAAGACCCUCUAUCAUCAUCAUCAUCAUCAUCAUCAUCCUCGCCCUCCCACAUCAUUCUCAUGGUAUGACACACAAAACUGUGGCAGGCAACCCCGAGGUGGGCAACGAAAACAUCAGCCAUAAUCGCUAAAUUGAAGGAGACGCAGGUGACAGUUUUUUAAUCACUAGCUGAUUGCUGGUUGGUGCCCAGAAAAAAAAACUGGGUCUUAUGAAACCUUAAAAUACCCAGUUAUAAAUAAAUAACAUGCAUUCAGUGUUUAGUAUAGAUUUCAGCUUCUACUGUUUCAGAAUUAUAUUUUGUUGCUCAACAAAUAUUUAAAAAUAGCGGCAACAUUUGUUGCCAUUUUUGUAAAUCUUUAAUUCAGGUUUUACUAUUUUUUAACAUAAAAAGUUACCUACCUAGUAAAUGCAUGUCAGCGUAGCGAUUUUUGUACAGAACUUUCGAGUAACAAUUUUAUUUUAAAAAACUAAGAAAUAAAAUGCAAAAUAUAUUAUUUUGAUGAUACAAAAUGAAAGCAAUACAUAAAACUGGUAAAUUGCUCUUUGCAGCAUUUUCCGUUGUCUUCACUUGGAACAUUUUGUUCACCAUUUUGCUGCCCCCUGCUGGACAAUCUUCAAAGCUACAGUCUCAGUGGGCACAGUCCCAUGAGCGAACUCUGCCUGCAAAGUAAGCUGCAAUGCAGCAAAACGUGUGUAUUCCCACAUCAGUUAAAAUUAAAACCAAAGAUGCCGUGGAACACAAGACAAAAGGAAAAACGCCGGUAUCAGAACUCCUUAUGAAUGCAAAACGUGAAACUGGAAGUACGCCAAUAUUACUGUACGCAGAAAGAUAGUUACCUGACUCCAAGCAGCCCAGGAACAUCCAAAGUGCAUCUGUGAGUGUGGAUUUGUAGAAAGUGCAAAGUUUUAUGCGUCUCCACCUAUAAUGCAUUCCCGAUGUAAAUAGGAAGUAGAUAUAUACGUCAGUAUAUUUUUAUACAGAAUUUAAUAAAAAGGAGGCGUGGACUGGUAACAUGAAUUUGCCGUUGACCUGGGGAACACGCCGAGGUCGACAGACGGGUUGGGCCCGCCCCGGUAUACAGGCCGUAUAACACCGAAUUUGGGGCAGAAAGACCGGCCCACCGGGGAAAUUCUCUAACUUCCUCUUGGCCAGUUUGUGACUGAUAAAAUUAUUUAGGUUUAUUAAUAUAAAUAAAAAGAGUGGUGUAAAUGAACUGCAGUUAGAACAUAUUUCAAUAACAGCUAUAUAUAGCCGAGUCCUUUCCCUGCAGACGUUGUAAACUAACCGUGACAUUGCUAACUUUGUGUUGCAUUGUGUUCAAGGGCAAUAGGUGGCAGUAUUAUGACACGUGUGAGUUGAAAUGAUAACGAAAUUGGUAGAAUAUUUGAUAUUCCUGCUUUUAAGAAUUAAUAAAGCAAAAAUAUGUAUUUGAAAAACUA